CUAAGACAUCUGAUCUUUAUAUUUUGUAGAAUCAAUCUCAAAAUCAGAGUCGUAUUGUGUCACGAGGCUUAUCGCCCAAUUCGCCAAUGACACCUCGACACCUUAAUAAUCCAGCCGACGCUGGCCGCUCAAGCAAGUUCCGCGACUCAAUUAGAUGCAACCAAAGAUAAUAAUGCCCCCCGCUCUGCCCCUCAAGCAUCUUUCUUUCACUGCGAGUAAAUGCUCGACAACGACACCUUUCUUCACUACCAGCAGCUUGAGGAGUUGCCUACACAAGCAUCGAUUAGGCUCACUGACUCCUCGCAUAUCUUUGAAACCGCAUCUUAGCCGUCGAUUUUACUACGGACAUAUCAGUGAUCCCAAGAUGGCGCCUCAAUUGGAGCCUUUUUUCAAGCAGGUCGAUGACCUCUCCGAUUCGUUCAUUGACCGACUCCGAAAAGCUGUUGCUAUCCCAUCUGUUUCUGCUGCCGAUGAGCACCGUCCAGAUGUCUUCAAGAUGGGACAAUUCCUCGCAACGGAAUUGGAAAACCUUGGUGCCGAAGUCCACCAGCGCCCACUCGGCAAACAGCCAGGAAAAGAGCAUCUUGCCUUGCCCCCUGUAGUCAUUGCUCGUUACGGAAAUGACCCCAACAAGCGAACAAUCCUAGUCUAUGGCCACUACGAUGUUCAACCAGCAUUGAAAGAAGAUGGAUGGGCAACGGAACCUUUCGAGUUGACAAUCGACGAGAAAGGCAGAAUGUAUGGACGAGGCAGCACAGACGACAAGGGUCCUGUUCUUGGAUGGUUGAACGUCAUUGAAGCUCACAAGAAAGCUGGAAUCGAAUUCCCAGUUAACCUGCUCUGCUGUUUCGAGGGUAUGGAAGAGUAUGGAUCUGAGGGUUUGGACGACUUCAUUCAAGCCGAAGCCAAGGCUUUCUUCAAGGACACUGAUGCAGUUUGCAUCUCUGACAACUACUGGUUGGGAACUGAGAAGCCGUGUCUCACUUAUGGUUUGAGAGGCUGCAACUACUACUCCAUCACCAUUUCUGGCCCCGGCCAAGAUUUGCACAGUGGAGUAUUUGGUGGUUCUGCUCAUGAACCCAUGACUGAUCUUGUGACAGUCUUGUCGAAACUCGUUGACUCCAAGGGCAACAUUCUGAUCCCCGGUUUGAUGGACCUCGUGGCCCCUGUCACUGCCGAGGAAGAAAAACUGUACCCUGGAAUCGCCUACUCCAUGGAUGAUCUUCACGAAUCUCUAGGCAGCAAAACCAGCAUUCAUGCUACCAAGGAGAGGACACUCAUGGCUAGAUGGCGCUACCCAUCUCUCUCUAUUCACGGUGUCGAGGGUGCCUUCUCAGCGCCUGGUGCAAAGACCGUCAUUCCAGCCAAGGUCACUGGAAAAUUCUCGAUCAGAACCGUGCCAGACAUGGAAAGCGAGGAUGUGACGCGGCUAGUGAAGGACUACAUCAACAGCGAGUUUGCUAAACUCGGAAGCAAGAACACGCUGGAUGUGUCAUUGAUGCAUGAUGGUAAGUGGUGGGUGGCUAGUCCCCAACACUGGAACUUUACCGCUGCUGGUAAGGCAGUCCAGCAAGUCUUCGGUGUAGAGCCAGAUAUGACCCGUGAGGGUGGCAGUAUCCCUGUCACAUUGACAUUCGAACAAGCCACCGGAAAGAACGUUCUGUUGUUGCCAAUGGGAAGCUCUACGGAUGCUGCUCACUCCAUCAACGAGAAACUUGACAAGGGCAACUAUAUUCAAGGCACCAAGUUGCUCGGUGCUUACCUGCACUACGUCGCAGAGGAGCCUAUCAAUGCUUAACUGAGGAACCAUGAAUUGGAUACGAGUAAGACUCAGUAAGCUGCAGUUGUUUCGUUCUGCGUAGUCAGAUGAGACUCGGAGUUGCAUAUCGCUGCUCCUGGAGUCAGUCGGGUUCCAUUCCUUUAUAUAAGGUCGCUGAGCAGCAUAAAGUGACCAUAAUCAUGUAUUAAGAUUGCAAUGAACUUAUCAAACAUCG